GUAUGUGAUCACAAGACCACCCAAAAACCUUGUGCUUCAAGACACAGAUCUGUUGUAUUGUGUGGUUCCAUACAAAGAACAGCCAGAUACACUAGAAUGUGGAGGGUCAACAUCAUUGGCAGUCACAGAGAUUUGUUCCUUGAGCACAGAAGACUCUAA